AUUGCUCAUUAUAUCACUCACCAUAAGAUCCUGUUCCAACCUAAACCAAAGCCAUGUCUUCUACCUCUUUUACCUUCAACAAAUUUGAGUUUAAUAACGAGAAGGACCUCAUCUUCCAAGGAGAUGCAUCCAUCUCAAAAAACAAUGUCUUAAACCUCACCAAAGUGGACCAAAAUGGGUUACCACUAGGUACUAGUGUUGGCAGAGUCUUGUACUCUGCUCCUAUUCACCUCUUCAGUAGCUCUGCUUUGGCCUCAAGCUUUGAAACCACCUUCACCUUCCGGAUCUCAUCAAACAACUCUAAUAACGUCGGUGACGGCCUUGCAUUUUUCAUUGCCGCACCGGAAACUACCAUCCCCCCCGGUUCCAACGGCAGAUUACUCGGUCUCUUCAGCGGCCCGUACACAACUGAUAAAGUAGUUGCUGUUGAAUUUGAUACUUAUCCUAACCGCGACAUUGGGGAUCCAGAUUUUACCCACAUCGGGAUUGAUAUCAACACUCUAAAAUCAUCUGCCGUUGGUAAGUGGAGCGUGCAAAGUGGAGCAAUAGCCACUGCAUACAUAUCCUAUGACUCUGUUUCUAAGAUACUAAGUGUUAUCUCUUCAUACCCAAACGCGGCUCCAGUAACGGUUACUCAUGCUUUUGACCUGGACAAGACACUUCCUGAAUGGGUUCGGGUUGGGUUUUCUGCCUCCACUGGGCUAUACUCGCAGACAAAUGAUAUUCUAUCCUGGUCUUUCAGGUCAACGUUGACCACCAACAACAUUGUGUAGGAACCAUGGAUGUUCAAGUGUUGUCUUAAGGUCCUCACUCUUCUCAAUUUGCCAAUAAGGACAAAGUAGUGUAGUCCAUUGUUGUUGUUUCUGCUUUUCAGUGUGUAGCAUACUCUUCAAAUUUGUGUUGUCUCUUUCAAUUAUCUAUGACGAGAAAGGUUGUAGCUUGGAUGGGGUUUCAUCCAAUUGAAGUGCUAUACCGCUAUAUGUUGCUUAAUUGGUUAACUUCUUUGUUCUUGGAAUAAAAAAGCAUGUUCGAUGAA